GCCCGGCAAAUUUGCGGCUUUGGUGAAAUUAGAAAUUAUAGGAAUUACUUGGUCCUUGUAUUGUUGAAGCCCCGACAUGUCAUCCAUUGACAAGUUGUCCAUCCAGGGAGUCCGGAGUUUCGGCUCCAAUGCCGAGGAUCUUCAGAGCAUUACGUUUUCAUCGCCGGUCACCCUGAUUCUGGGCGAGAAUGGAUGCGGAAAGACGACCGUGAUAGAGUGCCUGAAGUACGCCUUGACCGGUGAGUGUCCGCCCGGGAGUGACCGCGGCAAGAGCUUCGUCCACGACCCCAAGAUCUUUGGGCUGAACGAAUCGCUAGCGCAGAUCAAGAUGCAGGUGCGCGACAAGCGUGGCGCCCAGGUGUCCAUCUGCCGCACCAUGAAGGUGUCCAACAAGCGCAACAAGGUCUCCUUCGAGACGAUGGACUCCACCAUCAACUUCCUGACCGGCGCCGGGCAGACGAAGCGCGAGAAUCAGGACUCCCUGAGCGGGCGCACCGCGGACAUCGAUGUGGCCAUCUCGGACUUCAUGGGCGUCUCGAAGGCUAUCAUCAACAAUGUGCUGUUCUGCCACCAGGAGGACUCCAGUUGGCCGCUGGACGAGGCAAAGAAGCUGAAGGAGAAGUUCGACGCCAUAUUCGGAAUCACCGAGUACAAUAAGGCUUUGGAUAAAAUCAUAAAGCUUCGUAAGGAAGCUAUGGAGGAACUGAAGGUGAUGGACGCCAACAUGAAGCAUGUGGCUUAUCUCAAGGAGGAAAUGGAGGUUAAAACUCUGAACCUGCAGAAGGCCCAGCAAAAGUACGACACCAUCAAGGCGCAGGUCACCGAAUGCGAGGAGGAAAUGAAGCCCAUUGAUGCCAGGCUGGUGGAAAUCCGGAACGUGGAGUUCGAAAUUGGAAAAUAUCAAGCCCAAAAGGUUGAAAUGGACACCAAGCACAAAAACUGCAAGGAGCAGAUCUCAACCCUUACGCGGAAGAUCAAGAGUCCUUUCAAAGGUUCUCUGGCUGAGUUGGAGCAAGAGAUCAACAACUUCGAUCAGCGCAUGUCGGAAAUGCAGCAACAGCGCACAGAAGCGGAAAGGGAUCUAUCCCAGCUUAAGAAAACCAGUGCAAGUGAACAGGAAAAGUUGAGCACACAGGAUAAGAAGCAUUGCCUGGCCAAGCAACGUCACCAAAGCGAGAAGAAUUGUCGGUCACAGCUUCUAAAGCGGGUCAAGGACUUCUGCCUCGCACUACAGAUCCCUAUUGGUGGUGAUCUCGCUGAGGAGCCCGAGAAGCUCGAGGAAGUGCUGCAGGAGAUCGAGGCGACUAUUCUAGGCAAGCACUGCGAGAUCACAGAGAUUGUCGAGCAGAACGACAAGGCCGAUCGGGGCAGGCAGGCCAAGAUCGACGAGCUGCGAAUUGAGCUAACCAAGUCGGAGCAAAGCGUGACAGCGCAAGAGAAGCAAAAGGAGACCAGCAAGCGCGAAAGUGAAACCCUUGCAGUUGAUAUAAAGAAAAUUGAAACAUCCAUGCAGGAAUUGAAAAAGCUGGAGAAAGAAAUAGCCGAUGUAAACGAGCUGUACGAGAGCGCUACAAAAGGUCUGGACCAGCAGGCGAUGAAAGAAGUAAUCGCCAGUAAGAAAUCCAGUAUUGCCGAGAAGCAGACUCUGUUCAAGAAGCUGGACGAACAGUUGACUUUCUUGGGCUCCAUGGCCAAGCUGGUGGCCGAGAUCAGUCUCAAGCAGAAGGAGCUCGAAAAGAAGAACCAGGAAGUGCAUCGCGUGCGCAGCCGACACGCAGACAACUUUGGGAAAUUCUUCAAGGAACCUAUUAACAGCAAUUACCGCCGAUCGGUGCAGGGAGCCUACGAUAAACUUCGACGCGAGAUCCAGGAGCUCAACGAAAAGGCCAACUCGCAAAAGCUAAAAGAGCAGUCGUACGAGAUCAAGCGUAAGAACCUCAUCGGUGAGAUAUCUCGCAUGGAGAAGGAGCUCAAGGAGAGCGAGGAGUUGAUAUUUCAAAAGUGUCGAUCCACUCCGUACGAUGAUCUGCUGGAGCGGAGCAAGACGGCCAUAUCCAAGCUGCAGUUCGAGCAUGGCGCCCUUAAAUCUUCAGAGACCCUUUACAAGAAGUACAUCCAAAAAAUCGAUGAAGAACCGUGUUGUCCCUUGUGCCAUCACAAUAUGUCUGGCGAUGAGGCAUGCGAUUUGACCAGCGAGCUAACCGAUGAGAUCCAAAAGUUGCCCGAUAAUAUCAGCAGAGCUGAGAAAGCACUGAAGGCGGAGCAAAUAAAAUAUGAGAACCUACUGCAGAUCAGACCCAACAUUCUUAGGGUCAAGGAACUGAAGGAGACAUUGCCUCAGAAAAAGGAGGAACUAAAAAAAGUGGAGGAGCUGCUGGGGGAGAGCGUCAGCGAGUAUGAAACGUUGCUCGCUUUGAUUGGCGAGCCUACACAGAAUAUGGAGUUGGCGAAUUCCAUGAUGGGUGACAUGACCCUAUUAGACGAGGCUUUGAAAGACUCGCUGCGACUUACAAAAGAUCUGGAUCAGCAAAAGGCCAAGUUACCUGCUUCCUAUGAUUCGAGCGUCUCGAUGGAUGCUUUGCAGGCGGAGAAGAGCCAGGUUUCCAAGGAGUUGGAUGCAGAACGCAAGGAGUUAGACUCCACUCAGAAUACAUUCCAACAGCAAAUGGAUGCCCUUAAUCGUUUGCGCGAAAAAAAGAAUAGCUUGAAAGAUAGGCAAAUACACCUCCAGGAAGGUCUACAAAGUUUGCCCCAGUUAAAGGAGCGUUUUGAGAAGCUCAAAACUUUUCUUACCACCGUCACUAUUGAAAUAAGUGAACUAAAGGCCAAAAUUCAGCCUUUAAAGGAGAAUUUAAGGAAAGCUAUAGACGAAAAAGAGCGUUUGAAGGAGAGUGAGAGGGCGAAGGUGGCUCAGCUGAAUUCCAAAUAUAAUUCCUACAAAAGCACAGAUCAGGACAUACAAAGAUUGAACAAAGAAGCUCAGGACUACGCGAAAUUAAAUCUUCAAAAUGAAAUCAAGAAACUUGAUGAAGUUAUAACAGCAACCAAAGAUCAGCUGAGGAAACUGGAAAUCGAAAUAUCUUUAAAAACUGAUGAAUUGGAGACAAUUAAAACUGAGUGUCUCAACCAGCAGACCGUAGAACGAGAUCUGAAAGACAAUCGCGAGUUGAAACAGCUACAGGAUAAAGAAUCAAAACUGAGAGAAAGCUGCCAGGCGCUAGACAAGCAGCUAGGUAACCUGGAUUUCCACAGCCUCAGCAAGGAGAAGGUGGACCUGAAUAAACGAUAUGAUAAUGCCAGAGAUCGUAAGGGCAAGCUGCUGGGCCAGCAGGGCGAGAUUAAUAACCAGGUGGACAAGUUGAAGAAAGAAAUAGACGAGCCCAAAUUUAAGAAUUCCCUUAAAAACUUCCGAAAGGCCAAUUACGAGCUGAUGGUAACUCGUCUGAGCAUCGAGGACUUGGGCCAACAUCGUUUAGCCUUGGAAUGGGCCCUGAUUCAGUUCCAUGCGGAGAAGAUGGAGAAGAUAAACCGGCUGAUACGCGAGUAUUGGCGGAUGAUAUAUCGCGGUAAUGACAUUGACUAUAUUCAGGUGAAGACCGAUGAGGUUAGUACGGAUGCUUCGGCGGACCGGCGAAAGACCUACAACUACAGAGUGGUCCAGUCGAAGAACAACAGUGAGAUCGAGAUGCGAGGACGCUGCAGUGCUGGCCAGCGCGUCCUGGCCUGCCUCAUCAUCCGCUUGGCACUGGCCGAGACGUUUAGCAGUAAUUGUGGUGUGCUAGCUUUAGAUGAGCCCACCACGAACUUGGAUCGCGCCAAUAUAACCUCGCUAUGCGAUGCCCUAAACUGCAUCGUGGAGGAGCGCCAGAGUCAGUCGAACUUUAUGCUCAUCAUCAUCACACACGACGAGAAUUUCAUCUCGUCGCUGGGCAAGAUAACCACCUACCACCGGGUCUUCCGCAACGAUGAGUGCAAAUCGGUUAUACGGAAAGUGCAGGUUGGCUGAGGUGGUCGGUCUAUCAAAGAAGGUUUUAAUACAUCAAUAAAAAGUAUCACAUUUGUUAUCAA